GAAUACUGUCAGAAGGAAUUUAUUUAUUUAAAAUUUUUAUAUAUAGUUCAUUUUUAUCAUUAUCAACACAAGACUUUUUGGAUUUAUUUACAGUUGUGUUUGAAGAGUUCACUGGUCAGGUUAAUUGGGUGAUUGGGGAUCUGUGGUAAUUAUUUCUCCCCUUCGAGAAUAAAUAGAUGCGAUCAGAACGAAGAACUCUCUUUCGCUCCAUUGCUGGGUGCACAAUCUGCGGAGUAAAAUCCGCUAGACAUCCUUUUCAAGACUCUGCAAAAUGGUCGAAAUAUUACGAGGACUGUUUUAAACUUUCUGAAAAUCGAACUAAUGAAAUAUGUUAUUUGUGUUUGAAGUCAGUUAAAAAGUGGCGAAGAACACCAAAGUAUGCAAAACCUGAUUUUAGCAGUGCUGUUGACAGCAAAUGUGCUGGACUGCAACAUAGAAGAAGUUCGAUAAAGAAGAGAAGAAGUUCCUCACUGGUGGAGAUGGAAAUUGGAACAAAGGAAGAGAAUAAAGUUGCAUUGAUGGAAGAAGAUGACCUCUUAUCAGAAAAUGAUUCCAGUGAGGAUGAUGUUGAUAGUACAGGUGUUCCCAGCACAUAUUUUGAUACACCAAGCCCAGAUUCUUUGACAAAUGGUAAUGGUGAAGAAUUCAAUUGUAAGCAAACGAAAGAUGUGUCUUGUCAAACGUCAUUCCUUUUUCCUUCUUUAACUUCACCACAGGCAAAUGAGUUUAAGUUACCAUACAUAGAUCUUUCGAAAUGGAGGCAGGAACAAAUUUGUUGUGGUGUUAUUUUCCGUGGUCCUGCUGGAGAGGUGUUAGUUGACCCGAAGUGGUUGAACCCGAGUUGUGGGUUUUGCAAUCGCAGUUGCAGCACUCCCUCAGCUACAGAAACGUCGAAAGAAAUUAGCAUUUUUGAUCACAAACUUAUUGGACUUGUUGAGUCUUCAUCAUAAGUUUUUGUAUUUGAUUUAAGGAAUUUAUGCCACAUAUAAUUCACAAUUUAUUGCUUUAAAUAAAUAAUUUAAGAUGAAAUGGAUACAAGUUUUUUACGUCCAUUUUAUUUUAUUUUACUGAAAGGAAGUUUAUGGAACAAAAAGUCAGUGAUAUCACUAAUGAAUUGUAAAAUUGUGGCAUUUAUCAAUGAAUAUAAUUUGACUUAUCUUUAAUUUUUUUAACUAUAUUAAAGUGUUCAAUGAAAGUUUUAGACAAAGUUUUGCACCUGUACUUGUAAGGGUUAUAUUCACGGAAUGUAUAUACAGUCUAGUUAGCAAUCCACAUGUACAUUAUAAUAAAGUUGCCUUAUUCUUUUUCAAACGUAUUUGUUUGUAUAUUUUCUUUUGGAUUAUAUCUAUCUAUAAAUCUCCCUGUAAAAACUUUUGUGGUUAUACUGCUGACUUCUAUAAGGGUUUUUAAUUUUGAUGACAAUGAAAUAAGAUACAUAGUCUGACAAGAUAUUUUAUACUCACUGUUUUUUUCUUUGCAAAUCAAUGACUCGUGCUUUUUAGACUGAUCUUUGUUGACACUUGUUUUAUUAGGGUACGUUCAUGCCAGUAUUUAAGAUAACAUUUUUAAGGAUGUAUUUACUCACUUUCUAUACACUCACUGGAUGUUUUCAAAUUUGAUUUUUUUGAUUGAUUUUUUAAACUUAUUAUACUUGUGUUAUUUUGAUUUUGAUUAAGUACUUCCCUCAAACACUUCAAAUAAGAGCCCCAAUAGCAACAGAAAUUUCAAUAAACCAAUCCAUACUAAAGCAUUGAAAUUUAGUGCUUGGGUGCUUAAUCGAAACAUUUUCAACGUAUGAAAAAUAUUUUUUAGUUUGCUGAAUUAUAACAUGAUAUAGAGAAGUUUUAAUUCUCAAUAUAUGUAACAGUAUUUGUAUUUUAGUAGUUAAUAGUAAGUGGAAUGAUGAGUUUAUAGGAGAGUAUAGAAUUAUUUUUUCUGGGUUUGAUUUUUGUGUAACUUUUGUGUUUUAGAUUUUGCCAAUAUUCUAAAAAUUUGCUAAUGUAGUCUUUAUUAUCAAAACAUAAGAAAAAUGUAGGAAGAUACUAUACAGUAUUAUCCUAUACUAUAUACAGUAUAUACUUUCAUUUACUAGGAUUAUAUUUAAGAAAUUGUUGAAUUUGGUGUUGUUGUUAUCCAAGGUAACAUUAACCCAGCUAUACAAUUUUUGUCCUUGUGUCUUUUCUAACUGCUGGCAAAGAGAUCUUCUUGUGCUUCGUUAGGGUUUAUUAGUGAGAAAUUUAAUUAUUAUAGCUUUAUUUUUUUAUUUGUUUAUAUUAUGACUUGAUUGCACGUUUUGUUUUAAAUUGUUUUCAAAUUUGCACUGGUUGUUUUAAUUUAUUUUUUAUAUAUUAUUGGUUGUUUUUUUUUCUUUAUUUUUGUUACAAUUUGACUACAUGAAGGGAUGUUAAAAGUAUUGGAAUGAAAAAGGCUGGUAAAAAUGUCUGGUAAUUUACAAUGUUGUUCACUUUAGUUAGAAUCAAAUGUGAAAAAUAUCUGCUCUUUUUGAUUAAAAUGCAAGUAAAAUCUUAUUUACAGCGUUAAUAUCUUCUACCAAACUGCACAGAAAGUCCUUAAAUUCUCUCGUUUCUACUAAAGUUGUGAAAAGAAGUAAAAACUCUGAUAUAAAAAGAAAGAUAUGUUGUAUUUGUGCUAGUGGUGCACAAAUGUUUAUCUUGAAGCCCUAUUUAUCAAAACUGUUAACACAGUCAAUUAUUUUGUUUGAGAUUUUGAUCCUGAUUUGUGUUGGUUUUUUAUAUAUUAUUUUUAAGAAUUUUCUUUUAAAGUGUUAAAGUUUGUUUCUUGUGGAGAUUUUCCCAGAAAGCAGUUAAAUCUCUGUGAUUAAUUUCUUCUCUUCCGUAAUUUUAAUGGAUAAGAAGGUGUUAGUUUCUUCAAAAUAAAAACUUUUAACUCUUUAUUAACCAACCCUAGUUCAAAUUCUUCAGCAAGCAAAAAAUUCUUUAGUGUUUAUUUUGUUGUUUUGUUAUUAUUAUAGGGUCAAAUUUUUCGCAUUCUGAGUGUAAAUAUUCGUAAUGAAAUAAAUUUCUGCUUGUGAUUGGAUAGUGUAUGUAUCUUGCUCUCCCCCAUCAUUAACUCUUUUACAAUGUCUACUUAAACUUGAAAGGAAGCAUGAGAUAGGUAGAAUAAAAACAUGAUUGAUUUCCUGACCUUUCAUGGCAGUCUGUUUGUUUAAAAGGUAUACCUUUUUAUGAACUUUCUUAUAAUGAGAAAGAGUAAUUCAUUUAUAAUGAUAAAAACAAACUAUUAACGACAAAUUUUAGUGAAGGGAGAAAUUAAAAAAAGUGGAGUUACACCUAUGCGAUAUCAAAAAUAAUCUUGCUUGUGUAAUCUAAUAUCAUAUAUAUAAAAAAUAUUUUAAGAAAAAUUAAAGAUUUCAGUGCUUAUUUUGUGUAUUUUAAUUUAAAUUC